CGGGGCAGGGACGGCCCGGAUGCUGCUGCGGGGGGCGCGGCGGCUGGCGGGGGGGCUCCGGGGGGAGCCCCGGGCUGACACCAACAGCUGUCGGAGGGUGCUCAGGGCAGGGGUCCCGCACCCCCCCAACACCUCCCGCCUUCGGGAACUUUCGGACACCUCAGCAAAUGCCGGUGGCACCUCGGAGAGCCCAGGGAGCGACGGUGGGCCGGGGUCCCAUCAAGGCAAGGUGUGGGUCUCUCCUGGCACCCCCACGCUGCCCCCACCGCCCACCCACUGUUGCGGGACCGGCUGCCCCAACUGCGUCUGGCUCGGCUACGUGGAGGAGCUGCUGGAGCGGUACCGGGAUGGCGGUGCCCAGGCCUUGGCCGUCAUCGAGGAGCACGUGGAGGAUGAGAACAUUAAAACGAUCCUCAAGAUGGAGAUCAGGCUACGCACGGGGAAGAACUGAUCCUCUCCUAACCCCCAAAAAUCCAGUGGGUGACACCCUCCGGCAGCCUUUGCUCUGGGCUGGAUGGUGGGACUCGGAUUCAGCUUAUUUAAACUAUUUAUUUGAGUGUUGAGUGGUGGGAUUGGGAUAUCCCAAGCCCUUCCAAAGACCUGCGUGGCAUCGCACCCGGGAUGCUCUGUGUGUUUGAAUACAGGCAGUGCCACA